GGAGGAUACAAAUAAUUUAAGUGUGGUUUUGGUUUUUCUGUUGAUUGUAGUUGGCUAUUUGUUCAUCUUCUAUUAUCAGAAGGUGCGAAAGACGUAUGUCAAACAGCCGGAACUAGAAGAGUGUGAAAAAAACAUGCCAGAGUUGCCACCAAUGCCGUUUAUUGAAUUGACCGAAAAGCAGCUUUUGGAAUAUGAUGGAAGUCGAGCGGAUGGACGCAUUUUGAUAGCAUUUAAAGGAAAUAUUUAUGAUGUAUCCAAUGGAUUGGAAGAGUUUGGCUCCAAGGGUGCUCUGGGCUGUGUGGCUGGCAAGAAUUUUACAGAGUAUCUAAAUCACACACUGCCAGCCACCGAGACCAAAAUUGAUUUUAUUCAACGCUGGGAAUUUCUACUAGAUAAGAACUAUAAAAGGGUUGGCGUACUUAUCGAUGACAAUGGCAAAAAGGUCCACGAUAAUGAUGAUAAUCAGGGGGAAAUAACUUUAGAUGAUGGCGAGCAGGAAAUUAACGAAACUUUCAAUAAUAUCUCGGAUGAUAAUAAAUUGGGAGAGUCUAGCAUUGAGACUAUAAUUAAUGAAAGCGUCAUUGAAGUUAAUGACAAGACUAUCAACUUAAUGAAGGACCAUUUGCCCGAUGAAAUGCUGGAGAAUGAGCUGCCUCCAAAAUGCUUGAAUGAAGAAUUGAUAUAGAAUAUUAAUUGGAUGAAUCGGUUGGUUUUUGUUCCGUUUUAAUGUUAAUGGUUGAAACAAAUAUUAACACUGUGGAAAUACCAAAA